AGGCCAGCUUUGGAUCCUGCAGGGAGCGGGGAGCUGAGAGAAGAGACGCUGAGAAAGCGGGCGCACCACGGAGGGAGAGAAAAGCUCCAGAAGCCGGGCAGCGCUUUUACGCACAGCUACCAACUGGCCGCUGCCGACCGUCUCCAGCUCCCGAGGACGCGCGACCGGACGCCGGGUCCCGCCACAGCCGAGGACAGCUCGCCGGUCGCCGCAGCGAGGCCCGGAGCGGCCCUUCAGGGGGACCUUUCCCAGAUCGCCCAGGCCGCCCGGAUGUGCACGAAAAUGGAACAGCCUUUCUAUCACGACGACUCAUACGCAGCGGCAGGAUACGGUCGGAGCCCUGGCAGUCUUUCUCUUCACGACUACAAACUCCUGAAACCCACCUUAGCGCUCAACCUGGCAGAUCCUUAUCGGGGUCUCAAGGGUCCUGGGGCGCGGGGUCCAGGCCCAGAGGGCAGUGGGGCAGGCAGCUACUUUUCGGGUCAGGGAUCAGACACAGGCGCAUCUCUGAAGCUAGCCUCCACGGAACUGGAGCGCUUGAUCGUCCCCAACAGCAACGGCGUGAUCACGACGACGCCCACGCCUCCGGGACAGUACUUUUACCCCCGUGGGGGCGGCAGCGGCGGAGGUACAGGGGGCGGCGUCACCGAGGAGCAGGAGGGCUUUGCGGACGGUUUUGUCAAAGCCCUGGACGACCUGCACAAGAUGAACCACGUGACGCCCCCCAACGUGUCUCUGGGCGCCAGCGGGGGUCCCCAGGCCGGGCCUGGGGGCGUCUAUGCUGGUCCGGAGCCGCCUCCGGUCUACACCAACCUCAGCAGUUACUCCCCAGCCUCUGCACCCUCUGGAGGUUCCGGGACCGCCGUCGGGACUGGGAGCUCAUACCCGACGGCCACCAUCAGCUACCUCCCACAUGCACCACCCUUUGCGGGCGGCCACCCGGCGCAGCUGGGCUUGAGUCGCGGCGCUUCCGCCUUUAAAGAGGAACCGCAGACCGUACCGGAGGCACGCAGCCGCGACGCCACGCCGCCUGUGUCCCCCAUCAACAUGGAAGACCAGGAGCGCAUCAAAGUGGAGCGAAAGCGGCUGCGGAACAGGCUGGCGGCCACCAAAUGCCGGAAGCGGAAGCUGGAGCGCAUCGCGCGCCUGGAGGACAAGGUGAAGACACUCAAGGCUGAGAACGCGGGGCUGUCAAGUACUGCCGGCCUCCUACGGGAGCAAGUGGCGCAGCUCAAGCAGAAGGUCAUGACCCACGUCAGCAACGGCUGCCAGUUGCUGCUAGGGGUCAAGGGACACGCCUUCUGAGAGCCUCCCUUGCUCCAUACGGACACCCCCAGCCUUGAAGGCUGGGCGCCCGCCCCCCACUGGGGUGAGGGGGGCAGGCGAUGGGCACUCGCCCAGAGGUCUGGGGCGCAGCUCACACACUGGACUCUGGCCUGCCCGCCUGCGCCCAGUCCUUCCACCUCGAGGUUUACAUGGCCCCCUUCCAGCGUAUUUUGUAUGUUUUUUUUUUCUGGAAAGAGACUGAAUUCAUAUUGAAUAUAAUAUAUUUGUGUAUUUAACAGGGAGGGGAGAAGGGGGUUGUCGCGGCGGAGCUGGCCCCGCCGCCUGGUACUCAGCCUGUGGGGAUACUAGGGAGGAACCUCCGCCCCCUGCCCUCCCCCUCUGCACAGUACUGUGGAGAAGAAACACGCACUUCGUGUCUAAAGUCUAUUUUAAGAUGUGUUUGUGUGUGUGUUUGACUUUUUAUUGAAUCUAUUUAAGUAAAAAAAAAGUCUUUAUUAA